UAUCAUGAUGAGAGUAAAACUAAACUAAACUAAAAUGACUCGUGAGGAUCUGUUGACAUCUUCGAAGCUUUCUCAUUCUUCGAUCAUGCGGUCAUAGUAAUUAUAGUAAUAGAAGUAUUCUUAUAGCUCCAACAAUGGACGAACCUCGCAGGCAUCAGGUAUCGUUAAGAGGAGCAAGUGCAAGAGAGAUAUCAAGAGAUGCGCUUCUUGAAAAGGUGUACCAUGAAAGAGAGCUCCGUAGUUAUGCUAGACGAGCUACUGCUUCUGCUAUCUUUAUCCAGAGAGUCUGGAGGCGGUAUAUUGUGACAAAAAAGGUAGCUUUCCAGCUUCAAGAAGAAUGGGAAAGCAUGUUGAAUCAUCAUGAUGGUUCAAUAACUGCUAGCUGGAUUUCCAACAGCCUUUUGAGGCCUUUUCUUUUCUUUGUUGCAUGUUCAUCAACUCGGCAUCAGAAGAUUUGCACCAGAGAUAUAUACUGUAUGCAGACUUGCUUUAAGAUUCUGCUGGAAAGUAUUAAUUGCACUGAUUCAAGAAAGAACUUUUGCUCCCUAUCAGUGGGUUCACUUGAAGAGAGAAGAAUGUGGACAUUUCAAUCAAAGAAGUUGAUUUGUCUCUGCUCAUUCAUCCUUUCUGAGUGUGAUAAAUCUCAUGCAGUGGGACAUGACAUUGUUGUUCUUACCUCGGUUGCGAUGCAUUUUCUUGUUGUUCUAACUGAUCUGAAUGGUUGGAAAGGCACUACCAACAGUAAUCUUGAAGAUACAAAUGUGGCAGUAAACCAUUUGAUUAGGUUUAUGGGAAGCUGUAAAAGUGGUCUCUAUAUAUCUAUUAGAACAUUCAUUAACAAAUUGGAUAUUCAUGUUAGUUCUCAAACAAAAAAUAUGGUCCAGACAGAUGAUAAAUUCUUGAUUACUGCAACUGCUGUAACCUUAGCUCUACGACCAUUUCAUGCUUCAAGCUUAAAAGUAACUGGCUCUGACCUGCUGGACAUGGACUCAGCUGUCGUGCAGUACUUUUUGUUUAUACUUACAAUUCCCAGGCUUAUACAACGUCUUCCAGCUGUUCUUCUAUCUGCUCUAAAGCACAAGUCUAUUCUCUCACCAUGCCUCCAGACUCUACUGAUUUUGAGGGAUAAUAUUUUAACAGAGAUGAUGCAGAUGGAUCAUCCAAAAAUGCAACGUUCUUCCAAAGUAAUUCCAUCAGUAGGUUGGGCUCUUGCAAACAUUAUUGGCCUAGCCGCAGGAAGUGAGAAUGAUUUCAUGGAUCCUGGCAGGCUCAAUCAAAGUCUAGAAUAUGCAUUCUAUGUUCGUGUUGUGACUAUUCUUGCUGAGAGCUUAUUGUCAUGGCUUCAUGGUAGCAGAUGGACUGAAAAGGAUAACCAAUGUCCUGAGGUUAAUGCUGAUUCUAGUGCAGAACCUGGUGGUCAUGUUUUAGAUGAGAAUGAGACUGCAUGUGCCUUGAAGAUGAAUUUUGUGGAUCUGCUGAGGCCUGCUUCUCAGCAGUGGCAUCUUAAAAAACUUUUAGCAAUCACAAAGACCGAUGCUUAUAAUCAGACAGAUGAGACUUCUACUGCACAAAACUCUAAAUACUUGAGGAAGUUGGAACUGCUGGAUAUUGCACAUUUCUACUCUUACAUGCUGAGAAUGUAUUCAAUCUUGAACUCUUCACUUGGGCCAUUGCCUAUUCUUAAUAUGCUAUCAUUUACUCCUGGAUAUCUUGCCACUCUGUGGGAGGCAUUGGAAAAGUUACUUUUUCCUCAGAAGGGGCACAUUACUGCUGAUGAUGGUUUUGCCGCAAGUAAAAUUUCGGGGAACAAGAAAGAUGGGGACAGUGAGAAAAAACAAAGGCAUCUCAAUAAGGAUGGAGGUAAUAAAUGGGCGAAUGUUCUCCAUAAAAUUACUGGCAAGUCCCAAGCUGGUGUUGAUUUUACAGGUUCAGUUGACGGAGAACCCAGCGAACAGGUAGAGGAAGACUUGCAAGAUGUUUGGGAUGUAGAACUUUUGAGGUCUGGUCCACAGAAAAUUUCAAAAGAUAUCUUAUGUCUACUGCAUCUAUUCUGUGCCACGUACUCCCACCUGCUUUUAGUUCUCGAUGACAUUGAGUUUUAUGAAAAACAGGUCCCAUUCACAUCGGAGCAGCAACGGAGAAUUGCUUCAGUGCUCAAUACAUUCGUAUACAAUGGCUUGGCCCAUAGUGCAGAUCAGCAGUGUAGAUCUCUUAUGGAAUCUGCAAUCAGAUGCUUGCAUAUGAUGUAUGAAAGGGAUUGCAGGCGCCAAUUUUGCCCCCCUGCUUUGUGGCUUUCACCCGCUAGAAAGAGCCGACCGCCAAUUGCAGUUGCUGCCAGAACUCAUGAAAGCGUGUUAUCCAAUCUGAAACCAGAUGAUGCUUUGACUGUUCCAAGUAUAGGCUCUGUAAUAACUACCAUUCCACAUGUAUAUCCAUUUGAAGAAAGAGUUCAGAUGUUUAGAGAGUUCGUCAACAUGGACAAAGUAUCUAGAAAAAUGGCUGGUGAAGUCACUGGUCCUGGUUCACGAGCAGUUGAGAUUGUAGUUCGGAGGGGUCAUAUUGUUGAAGAUGGCUUUCGGCAACUAAAUACUCUUGGAUCAAGAUUGAAGUCAUCGAUUCAUGUUUCAUUUGUUAGUGAAUGUGGCGUUCCAGAGGCUGGUUUAGACUAUGGUGGAUUAUCAAAGGAGUUUCUAACUGAUAUAUCAAAAGCAUCCUUUUCCCCUGAGUACGGUCUAUUCUCCCAAACAUCGACCUCAGAAAGACUUCUAAUUCCUAAUCCGAGUGCAAAAUAUCUAGAGAAUGGAAUCCAGAUGAUUGAAUUUUUAGGCAGAGUUGUUGGAAAAGCUCUUUAUGAAGGAAUAUUGCUGGAUUAUUCUUUUUCACAUGUUUUUGUACAAAAGUUGUUAGGCCGAUAUAGCUUUGUUGAUGAACUAUCAACACUUGAUCCAGAAUUGUACAGGAAUCUCAUGUACGUGAAGCAUUAUGAUGGUGAUCUCAAGGAUCUCUUCCUGGACUUCACAAUUACAGAGGAAUCAUUUGGGAAACGGCAUGUUAUUGAGCUUAAACCUGGUGGCAAGAAUGUUUCUGUGACAAAUGAGAACAAAAUGCAGUAUAUUCAUGCUAUGGCAGAUUAUAAACUAAACCGACAGAUAUUGGCCUUCUCAAAUGCAUUUUAUAGGGGACUAACAGAUAUCAUAUCCCCAUCUUGGUUAAAGUUAUUUAAUGCAAGUGAAUUCAAUCAGCUACUUUCAGGUGGUGACUUUGACAUUGAUGUUGAUGAUCUAAGAGAUAACACACGUUACACAGGUGGCUACUCUGAGGGGAGUCGAACGAUCAAACUUUUCUGGGAGGUAAUUAAAGGAUUUGAACCAAAUGAAUGGUGUAUGCUGCUUAAAUUUGUCACCAGUUGUUCUCGAGCUCCAUUACUUGGGUUCAAACACUUGCAACCCUCUUUUACCAUCCAUAAGGUUGCAUGUGAUGCCUCUCUAUGGGCAACGAUUGGAGGACAGGAUGUGGAGCGGCUUCCAUCAGCUUCUACAUGCUACAAUACUCUCAAGCUUCCAACAUAUAAACGUGCAACCACUUUGAGAGCAAAACUUCUUUACGCAAUCAGUUCCAACACUGGAUUUGAACUUUCUUAGGGAUUCAGGGGUCUUCGCAUUCUUGAUGUUUCAGAAUAGGCACAUUACCGUUGUCAGUGGGUUUCAAUAUCAUAUCCAAGAGAGGCUGGUAGAUAUCGAAAACCACGAGUUUGAGGCCAGGGAGAUUGCUCACGAGGCUUUGAGAAGUGCUGUUUAAUUUAUUGUUGAAGGAAAUUGCAUCUCUGUUUAACCUCUCAACACACUGGUUGCUUCCUGCACCAAAGAGCGUGAUAGCUGCAGGCAAACACCCCGUUGGUGGUAGGCCUGUCACUCCAAUCCUUCUAGCUCCCAGUUGGUAUAGAUUCUGUGGUGAACGCAGCCCUCGUUAGCAGCAGUUAUGUGUCUCCAAGAAACUAGACUGGAUGUCUUAUUUAUUUAGAUAUCAAACUCAACUCAUGCCGAUAUUUGAAACGAAAAUCAUGCUACUGAUUCCUGUUAUUUUCUCUUUAUGAUGUAGAAACAUGUUGAUUUUUUUGUUGGCAGAUUUUGUUAAUCACGGUUUAGUGCA